AUGACCGUCAUCGAGAUCAAAGAUCGGGCCCACUAUCAGGACCUCAUCAACAACAACAAAGUCGUCAUCAUCGACGCCUGGGCGCCAUGGUGUGGACCAUGUCGCUUUAUCAGUCCCAUCUUCGAACAGCUUUCCGAAAGAGAAGAGUUCAAUAAGAGCGGAGUUGUAUUUGCAAAGGUUGACGUUGACCAAGCGGAGGAUGUUUCGUACGAGCUGGGUAUUCGGGCUAUGCCGACUUUUAUAAGCUUUUAUGACGGUGAGCUUCAGGAUAAGCUGCAGGGGGCAGACCCCAAUGGCUUGGAGAAGCUUGUGCAGGAGGUCACCAGCAAGGUUUAA